AUGACUCACGUUGAGAUCCAGUACCGGUUCUUUAUGUACAGUAGUACCGACCCAGAUACUCGUCGUCUAGUGGUGCAUCUGGGCACAUUUGAGCACGUUGUGAGCCCGAGCCGACCUGAAGAGCAAAAAGUCGACUACGAGGUGAUGACCAGGAAUUACGUCAAGAUGCCCCACUGGAACUACCGCAGUAGCAACAGGAGUCCUAGUCAAGCUUCCUCUGUCUCCUGA